GUAGCUGUCGGAGGUCACGUAGGUUUAAGAUGACCUCACAAUAAAGUGUACAUUUCCUUCGCGACAGGAAAUACACACACCGAUAUCGUCACGCGAACAAACGCGGACAUUGUUUUUAAACGUUCUAGAUCCUGUUUCGUUUGUUUUUUUUGUUAUAAUAGGCAUUCGACCAGGAAAACAAACAUUUGUGUUGUGGAAUGAAAUGGUGCUAUUUCCACAUAGUCAAACAUUUUGAUCGAAGAAAACAUUUCUGUGUUUGUGCGGAUUUUCCCUGCUGGACGAGGAAAAGGAUAUGGGCAUGACACGGACAUUGGUGCUUGUAGCUGUAACAUUCGUCGUCAUACAGGAAUAUACAGCAGUAGUCAGCCCAAUGUCAGGUAGAUUACCAACCGUCUCCAAAAGACAGUCAGGAAACAGUUCGACGUUAGCAGGGUCAACAGUAACGGAAGGCAAAUGUCAAGCGUUCCACCUAACCAGAGGCUUGCGUGUGAAGUACCUGAGACGGUAUGCCCGAUUUAACUGUGAUAGUCCCUUCAUCAUGUAUGGUUCUAAACGAGUUGUCUGUGUAGGCGGUGUCUGGACCGGAAGUCAGCCAUUAUGUAUAGCAAGCCGCUGUCCCGAUGUACUCAUCAGGGAUUCCGGACUUUCUGUAACUCGUCGUUACCAGGGGGCGCUACUCGUGUUCUCCUGUCCCCCGGGCAUGUCUAUCGUUGGGGAUAACCAGCUUAGUUGUGACGGCGAGAAGUGGAGCGGAAGUGUGCCUAUAUGUACUUCUGAGGAAGCUGAGCGGUCGUGUGGAUUUGAGAAGACAGAUUUGUGUGGAUGGACCAAUGAUAUAAACUCUACCCUAUCGUGGACACGGACCAAUGGGUCAACUCCCACGAACCGGACCGGUCCCAGGACCGGGCACUCUCCAGUCGGGAUAUCAGGCUACUAUCUUUAUAUGGAGAGUUCCGGUCAUUCGGGACGUGAUGACGUAGCCAGACUCCUCUCUCCUUGGUACCGAGACAUUCCGAAAGGAACGUGUUUCCAGUUUUUCUACCACAUGCUUGGGGAUGAAAGUCAAGAUGAUUUUAGUUCCUUGUAUGUGUACGUAAGAGAUCACCAGGUGGCAGAGGAGCUGAUGUUUUCAACCACAGGGUAGUCAUGGCGACCGCUGGGUACGAGGAUUAAUUUCACUGACAGAGGAUUAUCAGUUGUUACAGAUUGUGAUACAGGCCACCAGGACAACAAAUUGGGCCCAUGACGUAGCUAUUGAUGACGUCAGGCUAUACAACUGUUCAUAUGACGAUAUCGAGCUUUCAACGGAUGUGACGUCAGUGACCGAUCACAUAGGCAGCAGUCCGGCAGCAAUUAAAACAACUACACCGGGUCAUGUGACCAGGCAUAUAACUGACUCUACAACGCCUGAUAAAAUCCUAACUGAGAACAGCACGAAAGAUAAUGUUACCCAAACUCCAUCUGGUGGAAAAAGCCCAAAUUCUUCAAACGAUCAAAAUGAUUUUAAAAUACAAAAGAGCACGGAUCCGGAUAUUUUUACACAUUUCAUUUCUGAAAAUGUUUCAAUAGCUAAUUGGGCUAAGACAGGCACAAAACAUGUGGUUCGGUCGUCCCGGACCCCAAUGUCAAAGAACGAACUAUAUACUCUGUACACUGGUAUAAUCGUCACAGUUGUUAUCAUACUUCUGUUGUUACUUACCAUACUUGUUGGAGUACAGGUCCAGUGGCGAAAGAAAAGGGUACCACGUGAUCAAACGAAUGAGGAAGUCAUAGAAAUGGAGACGUUAAAGGAAUACAAAGUUAAUAUGGACCCCACUGACACUACAUGUAGUACUAAGGAGAGUGCCUCUGACAAUCUUAUUAGUGAGCAUGCGCCUCACAAUGAAAACGUUAUAUUCUGUACACGUUUGUAACUGUAGUAAAUGUGACGUCAGCUGUAAAAAAAAAAAUGACGUCAGACGUACACAAUCAAAUUUUCAUUCAUAAACGUAUACAACGGGGUAAAUCUACGUUGUCACCCGGUACCCUUCGUUCCGUGGCUUAUAACUGAUGUUAUCAGCCCAUAACUUUAAAAAUAAUGACGUCACUGUUUAUAGCGUCGCUGUUGAUUGGCUGAUACGGCGGGGUAUUAACUUGUAAGACAAAAAAUCCAUCAAUAAAGUUUAUCUUCUCGGGGAC